GAGGUCGUGGUGAGAAAGCGCAUGCGCAGUAGGUUACGUUUCGGUUCUCAUUUGAAAUUGACCCGGGAGAUACCGAGUGAAACCGCGGAGCGCGUCAGUCUGUGAGGGAUUCUUUAUCAGUCCUUGUCAAGCAUCUGUCGACAGAAUGAGCGAGCUGGAGGAGAUCUCUCAACAUGUUCAUGACAGGAUCUCUUCUGUGAAGCUCCUGCUGGACCUGUCGCUCUCUGAUCUUCCUCACAGUAAGAUGAAGAAGCUGGGGCAGGAGAUCUUCGCAGUGGAGAGACUUCUAGAGGAGUUUGAGAGAUGUGUGGAGCGUCAGAGAGAGCAGCUCAGGAGUCUGAAGGAGCUGGAGGAGUCUUUCCAGAAGGAUUUGGAGGACGUGACUCACAUGAAGGACAACAUACCUGCUCACAUGCCGAAGAGGGAAGGCCCAGCACAAGUCCGUGAGCCUGGGAUGAAGCAGAGCCAGGCUGCAGACGUUCAGCCGCCGCAGCAGGAACAGCAGGUGAAGAAGAGCAGUAGGAGCUUCAUCAGAGAGAUGGACUUCAUCACUGCCCCAGAGUUCGACAGCAUCCCUCAGUACAUGAAAGGACGCGUGUCUUACGACCAGCUCAACGCUGCAGUGCAGAACAUCAACACAGCUGUGACUGCUAAGUAUAAGAUCUUCCAUCAGUCAGUGAAGACACUCAGCAACCCCUCACGCAAACUGCAGCAGCGCUUCAAGGAGCAGGAGACCAAAGAUACCAAAGGUCAGUUCUUCGUGGUGGAGGAGGACAUCAGAGAUUUCACUCAGAUGAAAGUGGACAAACGUUUUCAAGGGAUCCUGAACAUGCUGAGACACUGUCAACGCCUGAAGGAACUCAGAGGAGGGGGUGUGACCCGGUACCUGCUGCUGUGAUCCACAACAAACAGAACCACCAGGAGAACGGCAGAGUGUACAGGUGUAUGUGUCCUGCUGCGUGCUAAGACGAGGCUCACUUCCAUGUGUCAGUGUCCUCAGUGGGGACUAUUUCUCAGCACAUGUUCCUGCUGACUGACAGGAAGUCACACUCAGACAUAUUUCAGAUACAAGUCUGAGUCAGCUGCUGUAUAAACCUACUGAGUCACUCUUUAUCUCCUUCAUGUUGUAUCUCAGCUCAAUAAAUAGAACAUGUUUAGUUUAUUACAACACUUUUCUACAUUGUUACAGUGAUGACCUUUUUAUAAAACAUAGGAGGAAACCUACACUGAUAUCAGCCCACCCCUUCACCAGUGUUCUACACCCAAAGCUCUCUCCACCUCCACUGUACAUCAUUUUUUACGUUACAUCUUUCAAGGAAGGCAAACAAUGUUUUCAACCAGAAAAGAUAGAAAUGUCCUUUUUUCAGUCAACUAAUAGAACAAUUUAAUGUUUCA